AUGGAGACGACGGGAAGGGAGGCUGGUGGUGAGAGUAGUGGCCCAGGGAUGCUGAGGAAUGGGGUAUCUCUAGGAGGGGCUGGAGAGGGCGGUUCUAGUAGAGCUGGAGGGAAAGGGAAAGAAGCAGCACGUGAUGAAGAUGCUGCAAAAGGGCGAUGGGCGGUCGUGGACAUGUCCGAGAUGAAUCUGUUUGGCGAGGGAACAAGUAGGCAAGGAGGGAGCGGAAGCGUGGGAGGUAUCUGCAGAGGAAAAUAUCAGUGGAAGCAUAGGGACUACCGGCAAGAAAGGGGUGAUGGAGGAGGAGGGUGUCAUGCAGAUGAGGAAUCUAGCCGGGGGGCUCCAGGAAUAGAUGGGCAUUUUGAUGGUCUUGCUUCUCGUGAUGAAUGGGUGGCAAGUGAACACCACUAUCAGCUGCCACUCUCAGCAGCAGCAGCAGCAGCAGCAGCAGCAGCAGCAGCAGCAGCAGCAGCAGCAGCAGCAGCAGCAGCAGCAGCAGCAGCAGCAGCAGCAGCAGCAACAGCAGCAGCAGCAGCAGCAGCAGCAGCAGCAGCAGCAGCAGCAGCAGCAGCAGUACCAACCGACAGCACGCUUGUUGUUGCCGCUGCCGCUCCCGCUGCCGCUCCCACAACACCAGCCGCAGCAGCAAGAACAGCAGACAAAACGUUUAUUGUUGCUGUUGCCCCUGCCGCUGCCACAACACCAGCAGGAGCACCGGUUGCAGCAGCAUAA